AUGUUCUUGGCGAUGAUGUGUAUGCAGAGUACAGGGGGCCACAUGGGGAUGUCUCGCGCAGAAUUGAGGCUGCCCACCGUGCCUUUUACAAACAUGUUGCUUAUUUUCGUUCUUCUGCAGUAUUGUGGGCAGCGAAGUGUCGGAAGUAUGUUGCUCUGGUCCAAUCGGUGCUGUUGUGCGGUAGUGAGGGCUUCACCUGGGACUCCGACAGCCUGGGGCGGAUUCACGUAUUCGAAGGGCGCUGCCUGUGCCACAUGGCUGCGUCUCGCAAGCCAGCAGAGGCGCAGUGGCAUAUCUGGAAGCCGGCUCGGCUCAGAUGGUGUCGCGAGCAGUUCCAGAAGCAGCGUCUCCAGCCGGCGGUGCAACGAGCUUUGCACUCCACAUGGCGAUUGGGUCAGGAUGUUGCUGGGUACUUCGCUGUGCGGACGGGUGAGUAUGCCUUUGUCGAGCAAGUCGACACGGGGGAGGCGGGGGCUUCUGCCCCGAAGCGUCGACGGCUGGGUCCACAUGCAGUGCGAGGUGAAGGCAUUCAACAUUGUGCCCCACGUGCUCUGUGUGAUGCAAGGAGAUUGUUGA